AUGCGAUCAACGGGUGCUUACCUGGGCAUCACUGCCAAAAGUGUAGUUGAAGAUCUGAUAAUGCAGGAGUUUACUGUCGACCUUAUUCAGCAGGUCAUCCCAUUCCGCUCCCCUAACCCUCUCGAAGACCCGCGAGAGCAUCGGCUCCGCCUGGUGGAGCGGCUGGGAGGCGGCACCUAUGGAGAUGUGUAUCGUGCAGUGGAAGAGCCGGAAGAUGGCGUUGGCGGAGGAGAGACCUUUGCUGUGAAAUAUUAUGUCGAUGAAACGCGAACAGUAACAGAAGAAGGACUUGGAUGCACCACGAUCCGCGAGCUUUCCACCAUUUCUUCGUGCGGCACGCAUCCAAAUCUCGUCCGUAUGCGGUAUCUCUUCAUAGACCAGCUUCCACGUUUGGUAGAUAACAUCAAUCAGCAACGAAUCCACUGGGCACGCCGGCAGCACGCGGCGGCAGACCGUGAGUCCCAGGAACAACUAAGACGCGAUCUUCAGGCGCAGCUGGCGGUCGAGGAGCUGAAGCCAACGCAAGUCUUUGUCUUCGCCGCAUACGAGCUGUGUGAGGGGGGUGAUCUGAAGAAGCUUCUCGCGAAGCAGAGAGAAGCAAAGCCCGCGACAGGCGUCUCUCCAGAGUGGGGGCUGCCCCUCAAACAUGCAAAGCUUCUGGCCUUUCAGCUGCUCAAUGGAUUGGCAUUUCUGCACAACGAAAAGCUGUGCCACCGCGACCUGAAGCCCGACAACUUAAUGCUCACCUCAGUGAACGAAAAUUGUGUACUGAAGAUUGGAGACUUGGGGUUGUGCAGGAGCUUCCGAGCAAAUGCCGGAGAGGUUACGCCAACUGUCUGCACUAUUUACUAUAGACCUCUGGAGGUGCUUCUGGGAAGGAUGCGCAUAGACGACGGCAGCGGAAACGAGGAACAGGGAGUACACUACGGCUUAGGAGCCGACAUUUGGGGAGCCGGGUGCAUCAUCGCGGAGAUGCUCCGAGGCAUCCCUCUCUUCAAGGGGACUCAGGAGUUCGAGGUUCUUAUUCGUGUUACAAAGAUACUAGGCACACCUACAGAAGCGGAGUGGACGAACUGCACAGCGCUGCAGCAUUAUCCCUUUGGUAACCGCGGAGAAAGCCACUUCUUCAGCGAGCACGACAAGAGGGCCAAUUUGAACGCCGUGCUUUUUGGAAAAUUGGACUUGGACGGGCUGGAUCUUCUCGCCAGAAUGCUCGACUUCAAUCCACACACAAGAAUCUCAGCCCAGGAGGCACUCAGCCAUCAGUGGUUCACAGACGUGGCUUUCGGGCAGCUGGAUGGCGUGGGCGUGUACAACUGGUUCGUUGAUGUGCUAAAGUUUCGACUGGGGGAAAAGACCUACGCGGCAAUGGAAAAGCACACUCCUGGGUGUCUGUCCACCUCAAAGGUCUCCCACAUCUUGUGCCAGAGAGGCUACAGAGGUGCAGUCAUUCAGAGGAUCGACAGGGUUUUUGCCGAAGUCGGAGGGUUCCAAGAAUCUGAACAGAGCCAUCACUGGAAACAAGUUGUCGCCGCAGAAAAACUUGCACGAGUACGACGGCAGCGCAGGCAGGCGGGGGCUGCAUCGGCGACCUCGGGGGCUUCUGGAGUGCCCCAAUCCGAGCAAGAGAAUGCCCCUAAUCAUGGAAAUCUUCAGACAACGCCGUAUCCGACAACAAGGAUCUCCAGCAAGUCUCAGGCAGGCUCCUCUGGACCGCCACCGUCAGCAGGGCCCACACGUAAGGGUCAGUCUCUUGGUUUUCAGCACGAAGAAUGCGCUAAAUACUCCUGGCCUGCAGAGAGGGGCAUUGCCUCACUCCUCUUCUCAAAUAUUCCUCUAGCGGGGAGCAAAGUUUCCACGGAAAGCUCCGCGGGGGCAGUGGUUCCCAGGGGGGCACCCCAGCAAGCAGAAGAUGAGCCCCAGCCUGUGGACUGCGCAUCCAUUGCGGCUGCCAUCGCAAGGGCCUCCCAAGACAUGGGGGACUUACCUGCGCUUUCAGAGAGUGCAACAGAGCACGGAGAAAGUUGA